UCCGGCUGCAGGCAGAAGAGACAGACAGAGAGACUCUGUCCUUCACAGCAGGAAACCAGUGGACUUAACUCUACAUCCAAUUACCCCACAGUGCUAUUACACUACUGCAUAUCAAGAGAGAAGAAUGGGACUGCUCAGUGUUGAGGAACUGGUGUCCGGUAAGAGGUCAGAGGGCAAAGAGGCGGACGACUUCCAAGGCGGCGUGUACGAAGCGGCCGUCGAUCAAGAGAAGCAGGAUGACCGCAGGUCCAACAGGGAGCUGGUGGGCGGAGGCCUGCCAGAGGAGAGUGACAGUGGCGGCGAACAGGAGGAAGUCAGUGUGGCAGCUCUCAAUAUUGAUAAAAGCGGCAGGCUGAAGCUGGAGACAGUGGAUGACCUGUUCAACAUCCUGCAGCUGAGGAAGAGGAGACGGGAGAGGAAGGCUCCCGUUCAUAAGAAACAACAGCCAGAGCCUGAGGCCGUGCCAGAGUUUGUGGAUGAGCAGCUGUUUCUGACAGCAGCCAUGGAGAACAAACUGCCUGUUGUGGAAAAGUACUUAACUGAUGAAGGAGACCCCAAUGCAGCCGACCACUUCCAGAGAACAGCUCUGCACAAAGCCUCGUUCAAAGGACACGUGGAGGUCAUGAAAAGGCUCCUGGAGGCCGGAGCUGUCAUUGAGAAAAAAGACAAGCUGGAGGCCACAGCACUCCACUGGGCCUGCAGAGGAGGCAGCCUGCCGGCCCUGCAGCUCCUCCUCGACCAAGGAGCCAAGUUCACCUACAGAGACAAGCUGAACAGCACUCCUCUUCAUGUUGCUGUGCGGACAGGACACUGCGAGUGUGCUGAGCAUCUCAUUCACUGUGGAGCAGACGUCAACGCCAAAGACAGAGACGGAGACACGCCCAUGCACGACGCUGUGAGAAUAAACAGAUUCAAGAUGAUCAAGCUGUUGAUGAUGUACGGGGCCAGUCUCAAAACCAAGAACUGUGAUGGAAAAACUCCACUGGAGACGCUGUAUUCAUGGCAGAGCGGAGCCAAGAGUCUCCUGUGUAACUUCAGCCAGGACAAGUCCAACCAGUAGAACCCACCACAUUCCAGUGAAAGCAGGAAUUCAACAGGAUCUGCUGGUUCAUCAGGAUUUCAUCAGAUUACAUCAGAUACAAGUAUUUUUAGUCAUUUCCAUACUGCGGUUCAUGAAGCACACAUGUCAUUUUUUCUUUUUUUUUGUUUAUCCAGCGAGGCUGUGCCGAGUGUUCACAUCAGAUUCAAACUGUCUCACAUGUUGACUGACAGAUAGUUACCCCCUCAGGAAAGGAUUAAAUGUAAAGUUGGCUCGGCCGAAGCAUUUGGGCGCUGGAAGAUAUCUUAACAAAUAGAACAUUAGUCGUUUGACUUUGUUUUACCUGAAUGCUGUUGGCAGGGUUACAUUCUCUAAUAUGACAUGUUCAUUAUACAGGCAUCAAUCGGCAGGAAGUUGAAGGAGCCUUUGAUCAACAAUGUGAAAUCUAAUCAGGAUGUUGUUAAUAAUGUGAUUAUUAGCACUGAUGGUUUAAUUGAUCGCCAAAUAUUGCUGGACAAUGUCUCGGCCGACGACGCAAAGAGGUUUUUCUUCUUUUUUUUCUUAAUUUUUACUUUAAGCUGAAUUGAAGUCAGCGAUACUGCAUCGAGAAGAUGAUGUAUUUAUUGAUUAAUGACAGCUGUCAGCAAUCAACUUAUUGGGUUUGAUUGAUUUAUGUCAAUACCAUACACUUAAUAACCAAGUGAAUGUCUAGAGCUAUAUUGUAGUUGGUAUGAUUAUUUUUUUAUUGUCAGAUUUUAACCAAUUAUAAAUACUUAGAAUUGAUAGAUUUUCCUUUUACCAUCGGAUCAACAGUCUGUGUGGAUCGAUUCUAGUGUAUAACUGAAAUUAUUUAUUUGUAUAAAAGGACUCCGGCUCAGUUUGAAAAGUUAGAAAAGGGAGGAACUCAGCGUCCUCUUGCUCAAAGAUGACAUGUGUUGUUAUACUUAAACAUUCAGAGGAGUUUAACCUAGUUCUUUGGUCUUAUGCAUUUUACGAUUGAGAGAUGAGACGGGGUGAAGAAAGUUUUUGGAUCAGGAUGAGAAGAAUCUCUUCACUUACACUUACUUUAUUGAUGUUGGUGAUCUGCGGAUUUACACUUCAACUGUGUUUUCUUUGUAGUUGAUCUAGACGGGAGCAAAUACCUAGACUGCAAAACUACGUAAGACCUUUUUCUCCUACAGCAACGUGCAUUUAAGUCGCAUAAUCAUAUUCGCAUCAUCGUACUGCUUUAAUGUAUACAGGGAAACUUACAGUGUGUUUGAUAUUCGUACUUUUCCACAUAAAGUCCAGUCCAGUUAUUUUGACUCGUCUUAAUCUUGGCUGCAAUAAAACUUCUUUCCUUCUAAUUCACAACACCGUUUAUCACUUUGAAAAUGUGUUUCUGCCGCAAACCUUGAGCACUGAUUAGGCAUGUGUUUGUGGGUUUAGCCUAGACAACAUUCAGACAAAGUUCAUCUUGUUCAAAUUGUCCCAGUUUCUUCUACUGAAGCUCAGUUUGAACAUCUGGAGUCCAAACAACUUAUCAAAGGUCACCUCAGUGAUAUAUAAAAAAAGCUUCAACUGGCCCCAGCUGUCAGUACGACCCUGACAUCCCAGCUGCAAGCCACUUUUGUUUUGUUGCAGUGAAGAUAUUUUGGGAAUGUGGUGUCUCCUCUUCCUGUAAUUCUAGUUUGGGUGAGGGUGAAACAAACACACACAAAAGAGUGUGAGAGUGGAAAAAGCUGAAAAGUCAGUGUUGGUUCAGAGGAUGUUUGACAAGUGUUAAUGUGGAUAAACAGCUCUUGAUAUAUGACUGGUUAUCCGAUUUAUUUUUUAUUGUUAAAGACGUAUGUACAUUUUGCCUUGUAUUUAUGGAUUGAUUGAAUAAAAAUGAUUUUGAAUUUAA